AUGAACCACCUUAUUCUACUUUUCUCACUGUACUUGGCUCCAGCAUUUGCUGACAAUGAAAACCAGAAAACAAACCAAAUUUUUUCUUCAAACAAUGCUAGUCACAAACGACUGAAAAGAGACUGGAUAUGGAACCAAAUGCAUAUCAAAGAAGAGAUUGAUACACCAUUGCCGCACCAUGUUGGCAAGAUCACAUCAAGUGUAAGGAACAACAACGCUAAGUAUAUUAUUGAAGGUGAAUAUGCCAACACCAUUUUUAAAGUGGAAGAAACCAGUGGUGACGUCUAUGCAUUUGAGAGGCUAGACAGAGAAAAGAAAGCAGAGUAUGAGCUGAUAGCUCUCAUUAUUGACCGAAGAAACAACCAAUCGCUGGAACCCCCAUCUAAAUUCAUUAUCAAGGUUUAUGAUAUUAAUGACAAUGUCCCCGUGUUUGUACAAAAAGUAUUCAAUGGGUCUGUCCCAGAAAUGUCACCAGUAGGAACCUCAGUCACCAAAGUGACAGCUGUAGAUGCUGAUGACCCAACAGUUACAGGGCAUGCCACAGUUACCUACCAAGUCAUUAAAGGCGAUGAAUACUUCACAGUUGAUGACUCUGGUGUGAUUUCCACAACAAGGGCUGAUUUAGACAGAGAGAAUCAAUCCACAUAUGAAAUUAUUGUUAAAGCAAAAGAUGCUCCCGGGUCUUCUGGGGACUCAAGCACAGCUACAGUCAUUAUCACUUUAACCGACAUCAAUGACAACUUCCCAGUAUUCAAACAUCCAUCAUUUCACUUUAAAGUUCCUGAAAACAUCUCAGUAGGAGGAGAAGUUGGCAGAGUCAAAGUAGAAGAUAUUGAUGAACCACAACAUAGAAAUACGAAAUACAGUUUUGUCAGAGGAGAUUACAGGGACACCUUUGAAAUUGUAGCAAAUCCAUUCACAAAUGAAGGAAUCAUUAGGCCAAAGAAGCCCCUGGACUUUGAAAAAGUCGCAGAAUACAGGUUUGACAUUGAAGCAACAGAUCCCACAGUUGAUCUUCGCUAUUUUAAAUCCGGUGGCUCUAGGAGCAUUUCAACAGUCACCAUUGAAGUCACUGAUGUUGAUGAGCCUCCUGUCUUCACUAAACUACCAUAUGAAUUUAAAGUAAGGGAAAAUGACCCAGAAAUACGAAUACUUGGUUCUGUUUGGGCACACGACCCCGAUGCAGCUAAACGGAAAAUCAGAUUUAUUCGACGAAAAGCUAGUCCUAAUGGAGACUAUAUUAGGGUAUCUGAUACUGGGAUUAUUCAGCUUCCCAAGCCCCUGGACAGAGAAUUCAGUUCCUCAUACAACAUCACUGUAGCAGCUCAGGAAAUCCUUGAAGACGGCCGUCUUUCUGACAGAGAGUCACAUGCCCAAGUUCACGUGGUAGUUACUGAUGAAAAUGAUAAUGCUCCAGAACUUGUUUAUCCUGAGGAACCCAGAGUGUGUGAAAAUGCUGUACCAGGAAAGGUCAUCAUCAGAAUUUCAGCUACUGACAAGGAUGAAACAUCACCGAGAGGUUUCUUCAAAUACUCCCUGGCCACAGAAGAUAGCAACUUCUCCUUGGUUGAGAACUACGAUAACACAGCUAAUAUCACUGUCAGAUACGGACAGUUCAAUCGUGAACUUGCCAAAAUCCACUACCUGCCUGUCAUCAUCUCAGACAACGGUGAUCCUGAGCUCAGCAGCACAAAUACCCUUGUCAUCAGUGUCUGCAAGUGUAAUGAAAAAGGCAACUUCACUUUUUGUGAGGAAAGACCUAAACAAGUUGGAGUUACUAUACAAGCACUGGUGCCAAUUUUUAUCUGCAUCUUCAUAGUCUUUGCAGUAAUCAUAUUGCUAAUUCUUCUAAGAAGGAGACAUAAGAAGGAUUUGAGCGGUCUUGGGAGGAAUGUGGCAGAGAUUCAUGAGCAGCUUGUCACUUACGAUGAAGAAGGUGGUGGUGAAAUGGAUACCACCAGCUAUGAUGUAUCUGUACUCAACUCUGUCCGCAAGAAUGGUAUAAAGCUGGAUGCAGUUCCCUCUCCAUAUGCACAAGUCCAAAAACCUCCUGGAAAUAAAACUUCUGGUGCUGGAGAAAUGGAAAUGAUGAUUGUGGCUAAGAAGGAUGAAGCCGACAAUGACAGGGAUUUGCUGCCAUACGACACACUUCACAUUUACGGCUACGAAGGUGCCGAGUCCAUUGCAGAAUCACUCAGUUCUUUGGAAUCAGGCUCCUCAGACUCAGACAUUGAUUAUGACUUUCUAAAUGAUUGGGGACCCAGAUUUAAAAUGUUAGCUGAGUUGUAUGGAUCAGAACCAAAUGAAGAUUUUGUGUAUUAA